AUGGCGCACACUCCUGCAGACAUCGUGGCAGAUCUGGCCACAUUGCCCGAAAGUGCUUUCGCUGGUGCGUCCGUGGACUCGCGGAACGCGUUCGUGGAGUUCGUGGCGUGCGUGGACGAGAACGCCCGGGCAAAACACGACAUCCGGUUCUACACUGGUGUUGCGCGUGCCAUGGCUGAGGUGGUUCAAUCCGUGCACACAGAGGAUUUCGCAGACGAGUUCAUCCGUGACAGUUUGCGCACCGGGUUGACAGUCGGGGACAAACCCUUUUCAGAUGAAGGCUGGAAGGAGUUCACAUUCACACCUGCCAUGAUGGCUUUGGCACUUCGUGUGCAGAAGCGUUGUCAGGCCAAAGACAUGAAGGAGCAGCCGGCUGCCUCUGGCACGUCCUCUGGCUUGGAGCAGGCGAUGGAAAAGUUUGUCAAUGCGCAAACAGCUGCUGUCACGCCGCCUGCGAAGCUCGGUCUUUCUUUUGACCUAGCCAAACGUUUGGCCAAGGUGGGCCUCGAGAACUUUCCACAAGAUGGCCUGCCCUCCGAAGAGAAUCUGGCGAAGUUUGAGCAGGCGGGAAAAAUGGCCGCUUCCAAAGGCCGGCGGUACGUGGGCAGUGCAGACGGGGAAUGCCUCCAAACGCACCACAGGCCCGAGUGGUCGCGCACGCCAGUGGUGCAGGUCGUCCCGACAAUCGGCUCUCUUGAAGAUAAAUUGAAAGCAGUGUUGGACGAAAAGAAAGCCAGGGAAAACGAACUCAAGUUGGAUUACAUGGGCUUCGCUACCUUUGUCGGUCACAUAUUCCAAUGGGGCAUCAAGUGCGUGCUCAUGGAAGUGUGCACUCAGACAGAUUUGCUCGCGUACAUUUUCAACCUCUCCCACAUUACAGAGGAGCAUGGCGGCGUCCGAGUGUGCUAUCAGUAUGACGUGAUGCAGCGUCGCGCCAUGGCUCGCUCUUUGGAGCGGGGCGACGAGAGCGUGUCCGACUUCUUCUGCAAGCUGGACGACGACAUGGUGCGAAAGGCAGCGGACAAGGUGAAGCAGCGUGGCGAGCAACUCAGCAAGUUCACUGCUAAGUCUGUUGCGUCUGGCAGCUCCAGCGCCUGCGGCAAAGGCGGCAAGGGCACCGGCAAGGCGGGGUUCCCCAAGGGCGCCGACAAGGGCGAGCCCAAGGGCAACCGGAACACGCUGUCGCCGCAAAGGCCCCCGAAGCGGCAGCGAGACGAUGACACUGCGUCCUGGGGCAAGUCGAGCCAGUGGCAGGGCUGGAAGAAGCAGUACAAGAAGUGA